AUGUCAGACCCAAAUUCCUUACCUAUCCUCCCCGUGUCAACUUCCUCCGGGCUUUCCUCGCCCUGUACCAUCGACGUCGGCACCUUCUUCCAUGCGCGCCCGAUUCGCUCUUCUGACCUUUGUGAUGGGGUUGAGUUGAGCGCCAAGUAUCAUGGGUACGAGGCCCGCUUCUCCACGGAAUUCACGCGGACGAAGCAGGCGGAGAGCGCCGAGACGACGGCUGCUCGGCUGAAGAGGGCAAAUCUACUUGCUGAAGGCUGGAAUAUGGACGACCAGCGGAAGUCUAGCGUACAGGCAAUUGUCUCACGUCAAGAGCAAGAAGUACAGACAUUCACUGUGGGCGACACCGUUCUCGUUGCGACUGCUCAUGCUCUCGCCAGUGUCGCAGUCAUCACAUCCGUCUGGGCGUUAGUGGACCCUGAGUGCCCGGAGAGCAAAGAGGUCGUUGUUAAGCUACACUGGUUUCUUCGACCUGGCCAGCUGUCGACUGUGAGGGCAAAGGGUGUUCGCAAACCUGUUCCCAAUGAAGUUUACUUUUCCCUUGCCGCGAAUGCAGCAGUGCCCCCGUCGUCGCUCAUCACGCACUGUAUCGUCUCCUUUGAGCUGGCUUUACAGCCUUAUCUACAAGUGCGCAGGUUGCGUGAAAGGUUCGUAUGUCGACUGGCUGUGGAUAAUUCUCGGGGACUCUUUUACAACCUGGAUUGGGACGACUACCACGCGGGCAUAAUCGUUGAUGCGCUCCCGGAGCGGAAGAGGGGACGUCCUAGGACAACAAAUCUUGAAGAAAGAACAAACGGAAGCAUGUGGAGUCUGGGCGGGGAGAGCCUUCAGCCUCUUAGGCGCCGCGAGUCACUUUCUCGUUCGCCCAGCCCCGGAGCCAGCCCCACCUCGGGCAAGCACAAACGAAGGAAAAUGACGCACGAAGAUAUUGAGGAUAUGAGCAGCCACGAUGCGGGCGAGAACUCGGCUAGCACUAGUAACUCAUACAACGAUCAAAGUUUAAGGCACGUAGAGAUCAUCAAACUCGGUCGGACAGGGUUCAAACUUCAUUUGUUGGAUCCCGUGGGCCCACCUCGCCGGAAACUCAUAACUCCUGCUCCUCCCAGCAUCGAUAGUACGACCCAUGUGCAUGAGCGGCCAAUGCCACCCACUAAACCCCGGCUGCCUCCGACUCUGACUGCUCAGCAAGCUCGCGUGUCCGCUCCACGUCAAAGCCCUUUGCUGCCGGGUCAACGCGAUGGUUUUACCAGUCACCCCAACGCCGCCCAUACCUCUGCAUCUAGCCUGUCGAUCUCAUCAGUAUCCAGGCAGACUCAUACCUCUACGUCCACUCCGCGGAAGGCGACUACUCAGCAUUCCAUCCCUUCAUCGCGCGAACAGACGGAUGAACAACGUAGGGGUUUAUCAAGUUCACUUUCGACUAUGCGUGGCCCUUCUCCGUCCUGUCAGCCUAACGGUCAUAUUGACAUCCCUAAGCCACCACGUCGCCGAGAGCGCAUCCCGACCAUGAUCCAAUUUCAUGCAUGCAUCCGUACAUCAGCUUCAACCUCCCCCAGUCCCCUCGAUGCGGUCCAGAACAGAUCUACGUCCAGCUCACCUGAUCCCCUGGCGGUUCCCGCACUUAGGAAUCCUCCCUCUCGCCUCUCCAACUCUUCUUCAAAUUGCUCCAAGAAGGACACGAAGCCAUCAGCAGCCAGGGUAAUUCAACCUUGCACCAUCCGUUUACCUUCGGCUACUCCUCGUCAAACGGCGACUUCAACUUCUCGGACUGAUCCACUCACCGGCGCCUCCAGCAUGCCGCAUGCUAUAAAGGAACCAGUCGCCGGUUCUCCGCCAGUGGGAGAUCAUACGCUCUCCACUCUCAUGCCUAAUGCUCUUUCUCUCCUUCAGUCUGUUCCUUCUCUAGUGCAUCAUCCUAACCCGCCUUCGAAUCGGCCUGACGACCGGACUUCUCACGAGCGCGAUUCUCGUACUCAACCCCAGGCAAAUCCUUCCAUACCUUCUACCACUCCACGUCAGCCCAAAGUCGAUGUUCUUCAAGUUUCAUCCGCUUGCACCGCUGUUUCUCUGGCUGAAUCUCAACCUCAGCCGGUUUGCAAGGUGGUCACUGCUUCUGGCGGGAUCGAAUCGUCACACUCUGCUGUCUCUGUCCAAGCUACUCCUCAGCGCAACGUCACCCCUAUAGCUAUCCCAGAAAGCAACAGUUUUGAUAAAUGUGUUGACCGUCUUCUCAAGUCCGUAUCAGCAGAUGCUCUAAAGGACUUCGUCAAUGCGGCGUCGGCUAGAUACGGAGGGUUUGAUGGUCAGACAACAACUAUUUGCAGAGCUAUCGACCGACGGGAAGCGAGAUCGAAUAAGCCCUCUCCAAACGUUCAUCAUACCAUUGUUUCUGGACAGCAGACCUUGCAAUAACUGUAAAUUGCACUCCCGGAGUACCGAGACCAAAGCCUUUGAUGGUGGAGUUUACGGAUGGGUCUUGAAUAACACGUCGAAAUAAUUAGCGCGCUUACCUUUUACUCGUCUUUCGUAAUUAAUGUUGAAAGAGAUACAAACCCGAGGGUCAAAUUAUAGAGAUACUCAUGGAAUACUACUGAUACCAAGUUGGCC